ACCUAAUAAUAAUUACUAACCAUAAUAAUCUAUUUUUGUAGAAUGGCUUUUAUUAGAACACUCAAAAUAUUUAUUUUUGUUUUUUUCGAAAACCGUUAAGCAGCAGGUGGUCUCCAAAUUCAAGUUCAAAAGGAGGCGGGGUUGUUUUCCCCGUGAUAUGUACAAUAUUUGUUUUUAUUUAUGAAUCUUGUUUUAAUUUAAAAUGAAUUAAAAUAUGUCUCAAAAACUAGAGGAUUUUGAUGUGAUUUCUGUAGUAGGGACUGGUUCCUUUGGUACAUGUUACAAAAUUCGUCAUAAAAUCAGUAAACAGUUUUAUGUUUGGAAAGCUAUUGAUUAUGGAAAACUAUCGGAAGAAAAAAAGAAACUGCUGGUAUCUGAAGUAAAUUUGUUAAGCCAAUUACAACAUCCCAACAUUGUUGAAUAUUUCGAUAGAAUAGUUAGAAAAGAAACUUGUACUUUAUAUAUCAUUAUGGAAUGGUGCCAAGGUGGUGACUUGAGUGCUCUUAUCCGGGCCUGUAGAAUUGAAAAUAAGAAAUUUGAUGAACCUUUCAUAUGGAAAGCGCUCGUUCAAAUAAGCAAAGCGCUGCAAGUCUGUCACACAAGACUUCCUCAGAUGACAUUGUUGCAUAGGGAUAUCAAACCUGCCAACAUAUUCAUUGACUCUAAAGGUAAUUUUAAACUUGGUGAUUUUGGCCUGGCUCAGAAUGAAGAUGAAUGCAGUUUAUCGGACAAUAUUGUUGGUACUCCAUAUUACAUGAGUCCAGAAAUAAUAAGAGGAAAGAAAUAUGAUAGAAAAUCAGAUAUUUGGGCUUUAGGAUGUUUAAUUUAUGAACUAUGUUCCCUUGUUCCUCCAUUCAGAGGAGUUACAUUACAAGAACUGGUUUCAAACAUUAAAGGAGGGAGGUAUCCUCCUAUUCCAGAAUUCUACUCUGAACACUUACACACAGUCGUAACUUUCAUGUUAACUGUUAAGAGAGAAUUUCGACCAACCAUCGAAAUGAUAAUACACCAUCCAUUGGUAGUUGCCCGUGUCACUUCAGACCCGCAUUCAGUUAAUAAGCCAUCUCAGAUAAAAUAUAGAGAAAGGUCAGAAGAAAAGAUUCGAGAAUUAAAAAAAUUAUCAAAUGGUAUUAGUAAUAUAAGUUUAUCUCAAAGAAACCCUGAAGAAAUAAGCGAAGCAUUAUUUAAAGAGAGGUGGUUGAACCGUUUAGAAAAUUUAAGGGAAAGGGAAUCUAAACUAAGAGAGAGAGAAGAAAUAUUGACUCUAAAAGAAGAAUCACUAAAUAAUAAGGAAAAAUACUUAUCACUGCUUGAAAAAAGAACAAAAGAAAGAAUGACGCAAGCCCAACUUUAUUUAAAUAGGAAAAAAGGGAAACUAUCUGGUAGUAUUGAAGAUAUGAGUGACAUAUCAGCUGAUCCAGGAGAUACUAGUAUUCUUCCAACUAGUGCUAAAUUUAACCCAUCUGGACUUCCAAAACCUUGCUUUUUAAGAUUGUCUUCUAGUAGAAAAACUGUUGCUUCAAAACAUGUACACUUUGAAAGAAAGCCAUUAAAGGAAAGUGGAGCAAAUAGACCACAUUCAGCUGGAGAUAAAUUUCUAAAACAAUAUGUCAUUGAUCCAAGGAUUGAUGAAAUGGUUUGGUUAGAACAAAAAAGAAAUAAUUUUCAAACUAAACACAUCGAAUCUACAAAUAAAGAAAAUGUCGGUACAUUCAAGAACACUAAAAAAACAAAGUGAUUAAAGAAACAAGAGCAAUGGUGAUAAAAAGUACUAUAGGGCUUGUAAAAUUAUUAAGGCUGUUGUUUUCAGUAUUAUUCUUUUAAAGAUAGCUGAACUACUCUGUUUUAAAUUAUUUCAAAAUGAUUAAUGAUAUUGUAAUUUAUGGUAUUAACUAAGAUACUAAGACGAACAAGUGCUGUUUGUCAGUAAAAUAUUUGUAAAAAAAAGUCUGAAUAAUACAACCAAUUUUAAGUUUUGGAAGGUUCUUAUACCUGUAAAAGCCAAUAUAUAUUACAGCUGCUAAAUUUGGAUUAAUGUAAUCAUUAACAUAAACAGCAGGGUAAAUGUUUUUAGUUUGAAUAUAAUUGUUGGGAAAUAAAAGAAUCUAUAUUUUUGAUCAUGUAUAUAGAAUAUACAAUAUUUGAAGCUUUAUUACAGUUUCCUGAUGUGUUAUAUUGAGUAUUUUUUUGUUAAGACUCAGUUCCAAUUAUUGAUUUGUUUAAAUCUCUAAUAAAAUCUAUUGUAUACCUGUUAAAAUGGCUCUUAAAUUGUAUUAUAAGGUAGAAUAGUUCUAUAUAAAAAGUUCAAUCCAGUUUUCUGGUGUGUAAUAUGUUUCUUACUCCAUAAGGAACUCUAAAAACAUAAUU